CAUUUCAUAACCCUUCACAAACCACAGAUUAUUGAACUCUCACGAGUUAAAAGUGUGUCUAUUACGAAACAAACUCCGAAAAAAAAUAGAAAAAUAAAAUAAAAAUGUCAUGAAUGUUCUUUAACUGAACUCUAGCAUUUGCUUACAUCGACCACCGCGGGGAUACCUGGGAAAACUGGCGUUGAGUUUUCACAACUGCAUGACAUCUGACAGUCCCUGAACGCAGCAGCGUGUUUCAGUCUUUGGCGCAGAGGAAGGAAACAUGUCGGCGCUUUUCAGAGCUAGAAGAGCUGUGGUUCUGUGUCUGGCCGGCUCUCGGACUCUGUCCCAGCUGGCGGAGCUGCCAGAGACGCAUCAGCUGCUGAGGCAGACCUGCCGGGACUUCGCCAACAGAGAGUUGAUCCCCGUCGCCUCCAAGCUGGACCGAGAGCACGCCUACCCGGCCCAGCAGAUCAGAGAGCUGGGGGCGAUGGGUGUGAUGGCCAUGGAGGUGCCGGAGGAGCUGGGCGGGGCCGGAAUGGACUACCUGGCGUACAGCGUGGCGAUGGAGGAGAUCAGCAGAGGCUGUGCCAGCACGGGGGUGGUGGUGUCCGUGAACAACUCUCUGUACAUCGGACCCGUCCUAAAGUUUGGCACCGAGGAGCAGAAGAAAAAGUGGAUCACACCGUUCACCACCGGAGAGAAGGUGGGCUGCUUCGCCCUCAGCGAGCCAGGUAACGGCAGCGACGCCGGCGCAGCCUCCACCACGGCGCGUCAGGAGGGGGACGAGUGGGUGCUGAACGGGACCAAAGCCUGGAUCACCAACAGCUGGGACGCCUCCGCCACCGUGGUGUUCGCCACCACGGACAAGAAGCUGAAGCACAAGGGCAUCAGCGCCUUCCUCGUCCCCAUGCCGCACCCCGGACUGUCUCUGGGGAAGAAGGAGGACAAGCUGGGAAUCCGGGCCUCGUCCACCGCCAACAUCAUCCUGGAGGAGUGCCGGGUCCCGCUGGACAGCAUGCUGGGCCCCCGCGGAGCCGGGUUCAAGAUCGCCAUGCAAACCUUGGACAGCGGCCGGAUCGGCAUCGCGGCUCAGGCUCUCGGCAUCGCUCAGGCCUCCCUGGACUGCGCCGCCGACUACGCCCACAAACGCACGGCCUUCGGGGCGCCCAUCGGAAAGCUGCAGGCCGUUCAGUUUAAGCUGGCCGACAUGGGCGUGGCCCUGGAGAGCGCCCGCCUGCUCACCUGGAAGGCGGCUCUUCUUCGGGACUCCAAGAGGCCCUUCACCAAGGAAGCCGCCAUGGCCAAACUGGCAGCGUCAGAGGCCGCCACCUUCUGCUCACACCAGGCCAUCCAGAUCCUGGGGGGGAUGGGUUACGUCACCGACAUGCCGGCUGAGCGCCACUACCGCGACGCGCGCAUCACCGAGAUCUACGAGGGCACCAGCGAGAUCCAGAGGCUCGUCAUCGCCGGGCAGAUCCUGAAGGAGUACCAGCCGUAGACGCCGCCUGAGGCGCCGCCGGGACUUUGGGGGUGGGGGGUGGGGUAUGUUUAUGAAGAAAAGGUUUGUUUGAUACAAAGUGACUCGGGUUGGCGUCUGGAGGGACAGAUCCCAACAGAACUCUGACUAAAGACCCCCCCACAGCAAAAAUGGCUUAGUGGGUCAGUUCAUCUCAAAUCUAUAUUUUUAUAUCAAACGUUUGUUUUUCAUCUGAACGUCAACUUUUAAAACAACUUCAAAAUUAAAAACAAUUAAUUGCAAAAGUGAAGCAAAUAGGCUUUUAUUCUGAAAAUCACAAAAAACAAGAAACUAAGAUUAAUCUGCACAAUAUUUAAAAAUUUGACACAUUUUCCAUUUAAAAUUCACAUUCUUUGUUUGUUUUCUGACAAACUUCAUGUGUUUGUUUAAAGUUAAAUUUAGAAAAAUCCAAAACAAUAUAUAAAAUUAUAUUAAAUUGUUAAUUGAAUUUUUCCUUUCUCUUCGUUUCAUCAACAUCAUUAGUUUUUUUAAACAUUUUUUUUCCGGUUGUUUAGCGUGGAGCGCCUCCCUGAGACGCCAUGGCGUCCUGACGCUGGCAGACGGAGUCUUUUUACAGUAUCUCCGAAAGUUUAUCCACGUUUUGCUAACAAAAUAAAGGCACAGAAGAAAAGCUGCUCAGUAAUGUGGGAGGAGUUACAUGUCGUCAUAGGAGGGAUCAAACCUGUGAUGGCCCGUUCUCGGAGCAGACACUCCAGCACAGAGCCGGACUGAGGCGUUCAGGAAUCUGUUGAACUGACCCUUUAAGCCCCAAACUCCCCUGUUGUGUUUCUGCCUUCAUGCUGUUCAGCCACCAGGGGGCGGCAGAGUGCCUUCAUGGGCUUUGACCCACUUUGGCCGGGAGCUGGCUCGGUUCGGUUCAUCUGUUAAUUAUGUGAAUAAAGGACUGAGGGAGUCUUGUACAGAUUUGAAUGUAAAUUAUUGUGAGCUGCUGAAAAUAAACACAAUUUAAAGAUG